AGCUUCAUGUCUCAACUUCACGUGGGCUAUGUCGGUUUUUUUAACUACUAGAAUUUCUUGUAAUUAGUUCUUCACAUAAUUUAAAGCCAGCAACUUGAAAGAGGGAGAAAAAAGAAAAAAAAAUGUAUCCUCCAUAUGUUCAAAACGAUACAAAACGUUCUUCACAAGGCUAUCCAAUGAACAACAUUCACACCGCCCAUAAUCCUUACGUCUCCUCCGGCGGUGCCACCGGAAUGCGGUGGUCUACCGGUCUUUGCCACUGUUGCGAUGACCCAGCUAAUUGUUUGGUCACUUGCAUGUGUCCGUGUGUUACCUUCGGACAGAUUGCUGAGAUUGUGAAUAAGGGUUCUAUAUCUUGUGGAGCAAGUGGUGCAGUGUAUGGUGUGCUACUAGGGUUUACAGGGUUAUCAUGCUUAUACUCAUGCUUCUAUAGGUCGAGAUUAAGAGGACAAUAUGAUUUGGAGGAAGCACCAUGUGUGGAUUGCUUGGUUCACUUCUUUUGUGAAUUAUGUGCUCUUUGUCAAGAAUAUCGAGAGCUCCGAAAUCGUGGAUUUGACAUGGGAAUUGGUUGGCAGGCUAAUAUGGAUAGACAGAGUAGAGGAAUCACAGUUGCUCCGAUUGUAAGUACUGGCAUGAACCGGUGAUCAGUUUAGGCUCUCCGUUAAUUCGUACACCAAGCUUUUCCCUACUUUCUCAUCUUGUGUAAGAAUAUUUUUUGAAUUAUAUUAUUGCUGCUUUUAUUAUUUUAAAUUAA